UGCGAGCGCCCGUUUUCGGCACAGCGUCGCUAUAGAAACGGGACUCCAUGUUGGACGGAGAGGACUCUUCUCUCCGGAUACACGGGACAGCCUGCUCAGCCUGCGGACGUCGGAGCGAUGAGCGGCCGGGAUCCCCGUACCGAAGCGCCGUCCUCUGUUAACGGAUCGGACCCCGACCCCGGGUCCUCCGGACCUGCCCGCGAGCGCAAGAAGCCGCCGGCCGUCGGGGGGGUGCUCAAGAAGAGGCUCAACAAGUCGCGGCGAAGUGAGUCGGAUCGUAAAGGGCCCGUAACGGAGGAGGAGCUGCGCGAACUGCGGGACCUGGGCAGGGACAUCAACCCCGACGGAGUGCUCGGGCUGCGGGCGUCGACUCGCGACUACCUGUGCAAACCCGAGGACAACGUCUUUUGUAUCGAUUUCACACGCUUCAAGAUCAGGGACAUGGAGACGGGAACGGUGCUGUUUGAGAUCGCCAAACCGGCCCACUUUGCUCCAGAGGAGGAGGACGAGGAUGGGAACGGAGGAGCUGACCCCAGUGUGGGUCGCUUUGUUCGGUACCAGUUUACCCCCGCCUUCCUGAGACUGCGCACCGUCGGCGCCACCGUUGAGUUCACCGUGGGCGACCGGCCUGUGAACAACUUCCGCAUGAUCGAGAGGCACUACUUCCGAGAUCGGCUUCUCAAGAGCUUCGACUUCGACUUCGGCUUCUGCAUCCCCAACAGCCGCAACACGUGCGAACACAUCUACGAGUUUCCCCAGCUGUCCGAAGACCUCAUUCAGCAGAUGGUGGAACAUCCUUAUGAGACCAUGUCAGACAGCUUCUACUUUGUGGACAACAAGCUCAUCAUGCACAACAAGGCGGACUACGCUUACAACGGCGGCCAGUAGCACUCGAGGGAGAAGGGUGGCCCUCGCCCACUGGGUCCGAGAGCUUUCCGGAACCAGAACUCUUGACUCGAGACAUUCCAGGAAGCCUUAACACUCCGCACUGAUGCCGGGGCCUUUGCAAGUAAAAGGGAAGUGUGUGUGUGUGUGUGUUUUUAAUCUGUCCCUUUUCUGAAGCAGUGGUCUUUUGUUGGAUUCAACCUCAUCUCCACUGUCGUGAGGUGUUGUAGGAAAAUCGCCUUUCUGAGAACGAAUCCGUUUCGGAUCGCGGUCGAAAAGUGUCUGCAGUAACGUGCCAACUGUUUUUUCACGGACGUUGCCGCGGAUACGUUUGGACUCGCGCCAAUGCAAGUAUGGCUUCGUUGAGCAGGGAAGGUGAGGUCCCUGCCGAAGGUGACGGGGAACCUGCUGGUCGCUGUGGGUUGAUCUCCACACAGAGGUCAACGUGGACGAGUUGGCGGCUUAUUGUUCUGCUGGGCUCAACAGAUUUGUCCAACUGACAUAUUGUCCCUGGUUGUUGUGUCGUGGCACCAACCAGCCUUCCCAGACAGGGGCCGAGCAGUUCGCCAGGUGGACGUAGCCUUGACCCGAAUGGAACUUUCAGAAGCCAGUUGAGACCUUUGGACAUGACCACUUGUCUGUCCCCCCUUACUCUACGUGAAACGUGCCAUGAAGUGUCAUUGACGCUCUGUCCCCAUUGCGGGAGUGAGGUGUCCGUCUCGGUCCGCUUAGCGUAGCGAAGUCGCUGAGAUGCAGUUCUCCAGGUCUGUCAGUGGGCCGUGGAGGCGGAGUUAAAUGUCCAGUUGUCAUUCUCAGCAAUGGUCGCUUGUCCCCGUGGUGCUGAUUAAUUUUAUACACUCUUCCUUUCCCCAGCUACGAGAAAAGACGACGGUUUUUGUGUUUCGAAAUGUUUGUCGUUCAUAAACAUCUCAGGUGUGAUCGUCCUGCCGCUCGGCUGAUCCUGCCGUAGGGGGUUUAGCUCUCACCUGCUCCACCUUCACCUCGAUGGCGGCUGUGGCUUAGCUGCGCUCACAUGAUGGGUUGUGUGAUGAUGGUUUUUUUUUUUUUUUUUGAACAGGGGAAAACUAACAAUAAUAAUUAAGCCUGUGUGCUCUUAUAGAGGGAAUCUUGUGUGUUUUUUGUUAAAACCCAUUAAAUUUCUUGACAAGCUGCAUAUUCUCCAAGCACCAAACCAGAAGCUUUUCAUCUCUGGGCAAGUCUUCGCUUUUGAGGAACAGAAUGACAGAGGAUCAGAGUGCGGGGGGGUUUGCCAGGAAGGUUCCAGAUGGAAACAGUUUGCUCAAAAUUCAAAUGUUUUGUUGAUUCCAAAAUUUUUGUUGACGUUUUUGCCUCCGGGGUGGAGCUGGACUCAUAUAACAUUUGCAUUUUCGGAGUAAACUAAACUCCUGCUCCCGUUACUGCUGGCCCCUGACCCACACACACACACACACAGAGACACACAGACAAGAGUUUAUCGCACACUAAAGACCAAGCCCAGAAAGCCUCCAGUGACCUGAACUGACCUUUGCUGUUUCUUGUAUGAGAAUCAGCCUUGUCAUGGACAGCUGCCUCAACCCUGAGGACUGCCAUCGCCAUCUGUCGCACUCACUCACCGACACACACACACACUGUAAUGCUCAGUGUCAAAUGCAGCCAUGGACAUGUGCUCUUAGGUACUUUCUAGCCAUCUGCCAGUUAACUUAACUUGAAUUACCAUCCAGGGUUUGUCCCUCAGGUCUCCAUUUGUCCUCAUCUUCACUUAAGUCAUGUGUGUAAACUACGGUUAUGAUGCUAAAUCCAGACUAGAGAUGAAUGAUCUGUCCUGGGAUUGAAAGUUUGAGGAGAGGUUUCCGCGGAGCCCUGUGGGUGAGGUGAGCGGCGACUGUGACGCGUGUGCCUCCAGAUGGAGCUGCUGGCGCGGCGUUAUGAAGGGUUGCUAACAGCGCAGUCCUGUCAUUGUCACCGGGCACCUUAUCUGUCUAUAGUGACACUAUUCAGCAUGUAGCACUUUUCAGCUUGAACUGUACCUUCAACCCCACAUGUUACUGAUUGACCAAACGCCAUUGUGAGAUACACUUUGAUUCGAAUUUUAAAAUUUGAUCUAAAAUAUGAUUUUUCUUAUCAUGGAUCAGUUUGGUUGCUGGAAUUCCUGUUGGCCUAAACACACCUCUUCUGGGUGGGGGGAGAAAAAGGAAUAUAAAGUGCUAUGAUGGUAGGAUGCCACACCAGCCACACCAGUGGACACUGGAUCCUGCUUGAAGGGCACAUGGUGCUUUGUGUGCCCACCGUUGUCAAUUCCCAUUGUGGCAUUACCUAAUAUUCUCUAAAUGUGCUGCUCACAUUUCUUUACUUUAUCUUAUUUACAUUUUAUUGUUGAUUUAUAACUAAUGCUGCAUAAAUUGGAACUUUACUAUAGAGCUGUAUUGUUUUGAUUUGUGUUUUUGAUGAGUAAGCUGUUUAUAUGGAAAGAAGGAAGUUUGCUUUAUGAAGGGAUUUUUCUUGGUCACGGGGAAACAAUUAUGUAUUUAAGUAUUGCCAGAGUGAGAAGAGUUUCGCUCAGUUUUCAGGGAACACAGUUAAUUAAUUUAAGUUAAUUCUGUAAUGCCUUGUCAAAUGGAAAAAUGCUUAGAUUACUUUAG